GAUAUUAAAGGAUAUGUAACACAGAAACAAAUUUUUUUGAAAACUAUCAACAAAAAUUAUCAUGUAACUGCCAGUAGGUGGAGUAUGAAUAAUUCUGGAACAAGUGGAGGAAGUUAUCAGACUGAAAUACUAUGUCCUAUCUGUCAAAGCUCUGGUUCUAAUUUAGAAUAUUUUUUAACUGCUAACCGUUUUUUGAGAUGUCAAAAAUGCUUUCACGUUUUUAAAGUUAUUUCUGCUGAAGAAAAUCAACUUAGAGAUUCAGUAGUAAUUGGAGAAGACAAAAAGACUAAACCCCCACCAUUACCAAAAGAGAUAUACGAGAAUUUGAAUAAGCAUGUCGUAGGACAAAACUAUGCCAAAAAAGUUUUAUCAGUAGCAGUUUAUAAUCAUUGUAAACGAAUUAUUUAUAAUAUGACUACACCAAUAAAAAAAGACCCAAUUGAUCAGCAGUUGCGAAAUAAAUUACAAAAUUCUAGAGAACACAUAAGUGUAAAUCAUACUCUAGAAAUGCCACGAUGGGAUACUUCAAAUAACAAUAAUGAGGAUGACAAAUUUACUAUACUUCUCAAAAAUACCUCUUUAGAAAAAAGUAAUAUAAUACUGCUUGGACCAACAGGAUGUGGUAAAACACUUUUAGCACAAACUAUUGCAAAACAUUUGGAUGUACCAUUUGCAAUUUGUGAUUGCACCAAUCUUACCCAAGCUGGUUAUGUUGGAGAAGACAUAGAAAGUGUAAUUGCAAAAUUACUUCAAGCAGCAAACUAUGAUGUUGAAAAAGCACAAACAGGUAUUGUUUUCUUGGAUGAAAUCGAUAAAAUUGGAGCAAGGCAAGGACACAAUCAGUUGAGAGAUGUAGGAGGAGAAGGUGUUCAACAAGGAAUGUUAAAAAUGCUUGAAGGCACAGUUGUUAAUGUACAAGAAAAGAGUAGAAGAUUUCGUAAUGAAAUUAUGCAAGUAAAUACAACUAAUAUAUUAUUUGUGGCUUCUGGUGCAUUUACUGGUCUUGAUAAACUUAUAGGACACAGAAUUAAUAAAAAUAGUUUUGGUUUUGGAUCUGAUCUUGAUAAAUCAAUAGAAAACAAAAAAAAAUCUUCUGAUAACAAUUUUAAAAAUACACCUGUAAUAGAUCAUAAUGAUGUGGAAAAAGAAAAUUCUGAAAGAGAUAAUUUAUUAAGAAAUGUGGCUCCUAGAGAUCUUAUUCAAUUUGGUAUGAUUCCUGAAUUUGUUGGAAGAUUUCCAAUACUUGUACCAUUUCAUUCUUUAAACAGAAAUUUACUGGUACAAAUUUUAACUGAACCAAAAAAUAGCGCUAUCAAUCAAUAUAAACUGCUGUUUGGACUGGAUAAAGUUGAACUAACUUUUACUGAUGAUGCUCUAAAUGCAAUUGCAAUGCAAGCUCUUGAAAAAAAGAUAGGAGCGCGAGGUUUACGAGCAAUAGUGGAAUCCAUUCUUUUAGAACCAAUGUUUGAAAUACCAGGAAAUAAUAUUAUUAGUGUACAUGUUACAAAAGAUGACGUAGAAGGGAAAAGCAAACCUUAUUGCAAACAAGGUCUUCCUCAGCUUAAAGCUAAAAUUAAUAACUAAAAAUUAGAUUUGUAAUAUCUUAUAAAAAAGAAUCUUAAAUAAAAUUAUAAAAUAAAUUAAUAUAUUUUAUUGAUUGUUUAUAAUUUUCAUUAGGUUUUACAUACAAUAUGGUUGUAUUCAAUUUUUACAACUAGACUUUAAUCAUUUGAUUUUUUGUAUUCUAUCAAUUUUAAAUAAUUUUUAGCAACCUUACUAAAUAUAAUUUAUACUUAGUAUAUUUAUAUAAUAAAUAUAUUUUUCAUAAUUGACUUUAUAUUUUA